AUUAUUACAUUAUCUUCUUUCUUAUCAACAUAUACAUUAUCCCAUCCCAUGUAUCCAUUUCUCUAUAAUUGUUUGCCCAUUUUUCUUAUACCUAUGGCUGCUGCUUCCAAACUUCUCCAAAUCCCCAUCAAGAAUUCAACCCAUCCUUCUUUACACACGAACUUCCUGAGACAAACAACAAACCUCCUACUACCAUCUUCAUUCAUCACAGAACAUUGUCCUAACAACCAAUCAAGAACAAUCCCAUCACUAUUAUCUUCAUAUCCCAAAUGCAAAUGCACAAAAUCAUCAUCAUCAAUAUCUCCAAAACCACCCACCACCAAAGAAGAAGCCAUUCUCCAAGCCAAACUCUCCCUUGCAUCCACCCUAGAGAAGCCCCUCAACAACCUAAAGCUCUCCACCAUUGGAAAGAUCAAGAAAGUCAAGCAGCUGAGGCUCCGGGUCGAGAUCCCCGUCGUCGAUGACUCGCCCUCGUCUCUGUCCAAAUUGGCCCGCCAAGUUUUCGGCAACAUGCCCUUAAAGAAAAAAGGGUCACCGCCGAUCAAGAUUCUUGUCCUCUGGCCAUGUCCCGAUUCAUUACAAGCUGCUGAUGAGGUCUUUAGCUCCUCCCAAUCUUCGGACAUUCUUGUCCGAAACAUUGGUAUAUCUUCGGGUGUCGGAACUCUGCCCUCUUCCGACAUGGCAGUGUUCAUGGCGCCGGAUGCUUCCCAGCUCGAGAUCAUGAAGACAGUUGCAGACAGUUUGAAUCCGAAGCCAGUAGUGAUCUUCAACCCCAAAUGGAGGGCCGAGGAAGAGGAAAACUUGGGAGAUGCGUACAAUGGGUUCAUAGGAUCGUUCGAUGUUGUCUAUUCAUUUACAGGAUUGGAGGUUAGAGGGAUCUUGAGCAAGAGGAAAGGUGUGGUUUUUAAGUGUGUUCGAGAUGGUGUGAUGAGCGGAGAGAAAUGGAAGAUUAUGGUCGAGGAAGAAGGGACCGGCGAAUUGAGGGUGGUUUCGAGCUUCAGGGCAAGGCCAUCCAUGGCUGAAGUCGAGAACGUGCUGUACAAUGUCAUGGCUGCUAAUUCACCUGUCACAAAAUCUGCCAAGUUCUUGAAGGAUUUGGUUUCUAAUGUAACUGGUAAGAACAAGUAAGAACGAAUUUGUGCUGACAACAUCA